CCCGAGCCGAGAGGUUCGUAGUUGCCAGCUCGUUGUCGCGUGCCUCGUGUGAGUGGUUAUACCAGUGAUUUUUGUUUUUAUAUAAUGUUAUGCUGUAGCAUGCAAUUUCUGGAUUAUUUAACUGCCGUCGUUUGUGUUUUCAAAUGCUCACUUUGAAGUGACAAUUUUUAUGGAUAAGAAAGGAUAUUACUAUAGUGUUAGUACAUUUUCCAUUGAGUAAUGAUGGAAAAAUGAAAUAAGUUUGACGGAAGAUCAUAGGCCUAGUUUGGUGCCUGGUGUUUGGAAUGUUUAAUAGUAAACAAGAAUGAAAGUUUACCAGAAGCAGUUUGCUUUUUGUGAUAGGCAUGGCCUACUAAUGAGGUUGUAAGAGAGACAAAUCGAAAAAAUAGUAAAAAUGGAAACAAGCGAGACAGAUUCGCCAGGAAAAACGGAAGUGACUCUCAGGGCACGUUGGGCCUACGACGAUGCCAGGACCAUGCGUGGUUUUCGCCGACGCCUUUCGGAGUCUGCGAGAGACGCCCAUGGCGAUGGCUUCUAUAGGCUGGCACGACUGAGCAGUGGCCUUCGCCGUCGUCUCUCGGGAUCCACAAGGGAUUUAUUCUCGUCGGUUGUAUCUCCCGUGGGUACAUCCUUCGAUGAAGUCAAUAAACUUAGUCCUAAUGACAUGCGCCAACAGCUCUCUGCCUCCAUGAAGGAUUUACUUUUGCAUGGGGGAAUAGGAGGGGCGGGAGGCUUUCGUGGAGAGGAUGGAAUCCCUGAAGGAAUAGGAAGGAGGCUGAGCCGACGCUUAUCUCUCCUAGCUGAUACCGUCGCCAACAGGGCAGAUCUGACUCGAGGUUCCCUAAGGGCACGCCUACCCAACCUGAGGAGGUCACGCUCAUUUUCCGUCGGCGUCAUUCUCCCUGACUCCUCCACAAGAACGGUGAUAUGCGAAGGAGGACAAACGGCCGGCCAGGCCAUGAGCUCUCUGGUUCAAGAACUGAGAUUGACUACCUACUCUUUAGCCUUAGCGGACUCUCAGGCUGAGGUUGACCUUGAUGCACCUGCCUACCUGCUGGACGGAGAUACGGUGAUCCUCCGCGAUGCCAUUGAUACUUACGAUCCAAGCACAGAGUUGGAGCCUCGGCUACGGAUCGCUGUGGUGAUGGCCGCCACGGAACGGACGCUGUGCGGUCGCCUGCGGUGUGUGGAGGAGGUGUAUGGACGCCACCUGCGGCGCCUCUCCUCUGUCUCCCCGGAGGAGCAUGAGGUCCUCUUCAAGAGCGUCGAGCCCCUCAUGGAGGCCUCCCAGGCACUCGUCGAAAGGCUGGAUGCCGCGAUUGUCAGCUGGAACUCGGAAGAUUCGUGUUUCGGGUCAGUGUUCGUUGACGAAAUGUGGGACGUCUACGGAACCUACUUGGACCAGUAUCAGCAAGCGAUCAGAAUACUUCGGGAAAAGCACAGCAACGACGAGGAAUUCGUUGCUCUCUGCAAGCUUCGUCGAGGUGCUGCUCGGCACUCCCUGAUUCAUCUUCUCCAUUUACCGGUGGAGAGGCUGUCCGACUACGAGAAGCACUUCGCCUCCCUGCUGGUGGACACUCACCCUGACCACCCAGACCGUCACCACUUGAGCCACCAUCAUGACAGACUCACACAGCUUGUGAGAAGGGGGGAAGAGGAAGAGAGCGAAAUCGAAAGAAUACAGGAUCUCUUUCCCCAUGACGACCUCCGUCUGUACGAGCGAGACCCAGUCACUCAGAAGAUGAAAGGGUUAAUGCGAAAGCGUUCGACAACAGCGGCGCGCCUUCAGCGAGCCUUCAGCGCAAAGGGCUUGAGGGGCCCCGAUCACCAGCACAACAACAACAGAGAUGCAGCCAAUAAUAACAACACCAACAAUGCUGCCAACACCUCCGGUCUGCCCCCAAACAGAACAAGAGAAGGCAGACCCAAAAGGCAGUUCAUCAUGGAGACGCCAGUCACAUUCACCACGGGGGUGCAGUCCCAGGAGAGACAUCUGUUCCUCUUCAGCGAUCUCCUCUUGGUGGCGAAGGCAAGAAGCGGGGGCAACUUUAAGCUCAAGGAGAAGGUCCGGGUAUCGGAAAUGUGGUUGUCAUCUUGUCUGGAUGACGUCGCAGAGGUAGCCAAGAGCCAUGACACCUCCUUCGUUAUGGGGUGGCCCACAACCAAUGUCGUCGCCUCCUUCAGCUGUGUAGCCACGAAGGAUCUGUGGUACAACAAGCUUAGUCAGGUGAUGACGGAGGAAAGAGAAAAGGAGCAGCCAACCACUACAAUACAAGUUACAUAUUAUGAUCCUGUCAACAGCAUAGAUUUUAGCAAAACUGUUAAUAUUGGAUCGACGACCACGGCACGGGAGUGCGUCUCCUUGACUUUAGACCACUUGGAAAUGGGGGAUGCAGAUUCGUCACAAUUCCAACUUUGGGUGAAGACUGGUGUUGAUGAUUCUCCAUACCCACUAAUAGGUCAUGAAUUUCCUUUUGCCAUCAAGAUGAAUUGUGUCCGCGACCUUCUGCAAGAUUGUGACACAGAGCAAUGUAAUAAUUUAUAUAAUACUGAAUUGGUAACCCGCUGCCAGUUUAUCUUGAGACAAGCAAGAAAAUUAUCCUUUGAAUCUCCCGAAGGAAUGAAGAAGGUUUCCAAGAAAGCCAGGAAGAGUCCUAUCCGUAUCCACAGAGUCUUCAAAAGAUCAAACAGCAAGGGAGACUCCUUAGAUGGGGGUGUCAAUAACUGUACAGGUGUUCUGUAUGGUCGGUCACUAAUGAAGUUGGUGGAACCAGACAUGAUGUUACCCAAACCUGUCAUGGACAUGCUGACUCAACUGUUCCUCAAAGGACCCUUCACAGUUGGAAUCUUCAGAAAAUCCGCAAAUGCUCGGUUGGUCAGAGAACUUAGAGAAAAAUUGGACAGUGGAGAUGUAGAGGGAACCGUCGAUCUUGACAAUGUACAAAUAACUGUUGUCGCAGCACUUUUGAAAGAAUUUCUUCGUUCAAUGCCAGAUUGCUUGCUUGUGUCUGAUUUAUAUGAAGAAUGGCUUGAGUUAACCCAUAUAGCAGGCUUUAGAGAGCGCAUUUCACAAACACUCUUAUUGUGUUCGAGACUUCCUCGAGCACAUCUUAAACUUCUACAACAUUUUCUUUGUGUAUUGCAUCAUAUUGUCCGGCGUGCAUCUGAAAAUAUGAUGUCUGCAUCUAAUCUAGCUGUAUGUGUAGGACCAUCGAUUUUGUGGCCAUCAUCUCCAGUUUUAGCAUUGAGCCCAGAAGACUCCAAACAAGUACCAGCUGUUGUAGAGUUUCUUAUUGAACACUGUAGAGAUAUCUUUGGUGAAGAUAUACUUCAUUUGUUAGGCGAACCACCAGAACGAGAUCCUUUACGACAAGACAGUGGAGCAGAAGAGUCCGAUAGCCUGCAUAGUCUUCAUAGUGGUCAUAGUUUACACAGUUCAAGUGGAAUGAGGAGAGAUGACAGCAGUAUAGACUCCCUUGAACGAGAAUUAUUAGAAGGAGAAUUGUCCCCUCUACCAAGAAAAGAUAAAAUGUCUUUAACAAAUUUAAGUCGUGACUCCGGACUAACUAUGAGUGAUUCACAACUUUAUACACCUGAUGAGGAAGAAAGUGAAUCUACAAGUUCUGGACAUUCUGGGGCUGACAAAAGUGUUAGUAACUAUAGUAGUGGUGGACAGUCAGAAAGAUCUGGUGAUAGAAUUCAGCAUUAUACUGCACCACACAAUCCACAUGCAAUCUAUGCAGCUGUGUAUCGUCGUCCUGAAAAGAUGCCUGUAGAGUAUGAUGAUCCAGAGGGUUAUUAUGCGGCUCCAAGUCGCGACCAUGCAAGAAUUCAAGUUACCUAUUCUAAUUCUGGAUAUCCAUAUAAUUCUCAUGGUCAUGGGAAAGAAUAUACUCGUGUGUAUCAAAGUCGCCAAGACAGGCUUGGUGAUGUUUAUAGGAAGGGUCAAGAUGAGGAAGCAAUUUACAGUAUCCCAGUUGGUGCAGCAGGAAACAUGAUAAAUCCUCCACCUUUCAUUGUAAAUUCCAAUUUCCAGAGACAUGACUGGAUGAGACGUCGUUCUAAUCUGCGCAAAGUUUCACGUUCAAGCAGUGGUGAAGGAGGCUUGGUUCGCUCAACGUCUGAGGAAUCUCUCUUAAAUAAAUAUAAUGGCCUAGAUUAUGGAGUUUCCCUGGGUCCCGCUGGUGUUGCUAACAAGAGACCAGCACAGCAUGGAAAAGGUCGAGCUCCUCCUCCACCCCCUGAGGAGCAAGAUGAUUGCACAACUGGCCUUGCUGGUCGUGAGUCUCCCAUACGUAGAUCAAAGUCUGCACAUUACUUAACUGAGCCAUCUCGUGAUGAACGAGCUGGUCGCUCUCCCGACAAUACACCGGCUGUUUCCAGGUCGUCAUCUCACGAUGCAGUUUCAUGGCAGAGGUCACGUUCUACACCACAAAUUCAUGAUGAAGCUGAUCGAUCAUAUGAUUCUUCCACUUUGAGUGAUGAUGACUCCACUCCACAUGUUUCUCGAUCCAAUUCACGGGGUAAGGAAUGUGGUGGUGGUGGUUUGAAUACCUGGGAUGUAGUCUAUGGUACAGAACAGGCUCCAUCUGAUUCUGGUGAAUCUCAUAAUUCAUGUAAUUCUUCAUUUAAAAGUGAAAGAACUGGCAGUAUGUGUACAGUAGUUUCAGCAGGCAGUACUUCUACCAUAGGUUCAAAUCCCCCAUCGUAUGAAGAAGCACUUAAUAGAAAAUCCUUAAUGUACAAAAAUGGCCCUCAUCAGUGCCAUCAAGCACAAAAUUCCCCUGUUGGUAAAGACUGUCAAUUCCCAGAACAUGCUAUUCGAGAAGAAAAAGUGAAAUCUGCCAGAGCUAAACAGUUGUAUGAAGAAUCACUUAGAAUAUAUCAAGAAGAAAACACAUACCCUGGUGAUUUAGUACGUGCCUCCCCAGCACAUGCUGAUGUUAGUGAUGAAUAUGAGAAGCCCCCACCUUUGCCUCCAAAAUCUGAGCCACCUCCUUUGCCCCCAAAGCAGAGGGGCAGCCGUAGGUUAAGUGAAGGAUUAAACCGUCUAAAACAUCUGCCUCCUGUGCAUGUAGAAACUCACAAUCGUAAAUCUCGAUCAGUGUCUUCUAUUCCUGCUUCAUACAGCUGUGACCCCCCUUACCACAAAACCAUUAUAUGUACAGAUGAUUCCCCACCUUUACUUCCUCCUAAGGAGCGAACUGUAAUAGAAAUUGAAUCUGUUUAUUUACCCGUGCCAGAAUCUCGUGUAAGACAGACAACUAGUAGAGCAGUGUCACCACCUAGAGUGGAAAAGAAAAGUAUAGAGACCCAAACUGAUGAUUAUGAUCUGGACGAUGAAGUGAAAGAUGAAGGAAUCCAAACAUCAGGAUCAUGGGCCAUAGAACCACAUGUGACAUCCGUGUCCGUUUCUGAUCAGUCAUCACGCACCGACAAGCACCGGAGUCGGGCAAGGAGAAGAGACUCUUCAGCUUCGCAAAGAAGCAAAAGUGUCCCCACACGUGAAAAUAUUCCACCACAGCAUCAAGAGUCAGAUGACGAUAAUGACGAUGAUGAUUGGGAAUAUGCAUCACCCCUUCAGGACUAUCCUGGUGCACCUACUGCUCUCCGUGACCUCCGUCAACUUGAUCCAGAACUUCGCCAAGAAAUCAGUUGGUCAGUAUCACAACUUCGUGCAAUAUUUGGCGAUUCUUUAAACGGCGCCAAAGUGCAUCCACCUCCCUACCGUCCUCCACCUUCACAUCGUGCUCCCAUAACAUCUUAUCACUUGGGAGCAGGAGAUUCCUUUUCUUCAAGAAAGUCUAGACCACAUUCUAACUAUGGUGAAGAAUCAUAUGUUUAGUGUUAUGAGCACCUCUGCCUCAUUCUGCCCACCGCGCGUACAAUAAUGACUGGCUGCGCUGUGCUGCCUACACCGCCACAACUAACACAAGCCAACUCUGUUAGAUUAUCUCUCUAAAAUACUAAAUGCUCAAGACCACAGGCUUUUGUACAGUAUAUGUAAUAUAUUAUGUAAAUUUUGUACAGAGUUACACUCUAAGUCAUACAAAUAAGGACCUUGAAACAUUUAAAUGUGUGGUAGCAAUGCAACUUUAAGGAUAGGUAUUGUCACUGUAGUCAUCUGGAAGUUGCCAUUUCUGUCACAUCUCUUCCACCAAACUUUUGUAAAGAACAUUUAACUAACUAUACUAUUAUUGUUUAUAUAUUGUUAAUAAAAUCGGAGAUUUA